UGAAGUUGCAGUGAGUAACAAAAACGUUGAAGAUGGAAGAUGGUAAGCGAGGAACGAUUAUGAUAACGAACGACGACGGGAUCGACGCGCCUGGUUUAAGAGCUUUGGUUGACUCACUGGUCAACACCAAUGUUUUCAAUGUCCUAGUCUGUGCUCCCGAUAGCGAGAAAUCAGCUGUUAGUCACAGCAUCACAUGGCUCCAUUCUAUAUCCGCCAAACAAGUCAAUAUUCACGGCACCGUCGCCUCCUUUGCAGUUUCUGGGACUCCUGCUGAUUCACCCGAUCUGGUUAUAUCUCUCCUCUGUUCUGCUCUUUCAAUUUCAAUUAAGUCUUUAAUUAUAUGCGUCUUUAUAGAGAUUUAUGUGCCUUCCAAUUUAUUUAAACAGGUAAUCAGUGGCAUAAAUAGGGGUAGCAACUGCGGCUAUCACAUUGUUUACUCAGGCACUGUAGCUGGAGCUCGAGAGGCCUUCUUCAAUGACAUCCCUUCUAUAUCCAUUUCAUAUGACUGGGUUGAAGGAAAGAGUAACCCACAUGACUAUGCGCUUGCUGCACAAGUUUGCAUACCAAUCAUAAACUCCGUACUGGCUGAGAUAAAGAAUCAAAGCUACCCUAGAAAAUGUUUUUUGAAUAUAGAUGUGCCAAACAAUGUUGCUAACCAUAAGGGUUACAAGCUAACUAGGCAGGGUAAAAGUAUCAUUAAGAUGGGAUGGAGGCAAGUCACCUCUCAGACAGAAGGACGAAGAAUGUCAUCUGAUAUGACCAAUACAGAUGCGGAUAUACCUAAGAACUUUGGUACAUCAUCUGUAUCACCUGAAAAUCUUUCAUUUGUGAGAGAGGUAAGAGGUCCCAUACUUGAUCAUGAUGAUACAGAUUACAGAUCAUUGAAGGCGGGCUAUAUUACGGUUACUCCUCUUGCUGGUCUCUCUAAUGCGGAGGAAGAUUGUAAGACCUUUUUUGAGUAUUGGCUACCAAGUGUCCCUAAACACCUGUCAUCAGCAGCUUUAUAAUACUGUAAGAUGUAUCAUUUAUUUGCAGUUUAUAUGGUAGCUUUGAUUGCAAUGUAUUUGUGGCAAUAGUUGCAUUUACAUUUUAGCAUCCGUGCUAGUUAAUCAAAAUUAUUCUUCUGUGAUGAAUGGAAAAUUUCGGAAGGCUUUCAUAUAAUGUGUUUAAGUGACACAAUCAAUAAAUGACUUUUGCCAACCAAUUAGCCAAAGGUUGCGGUAACA